AUGGCCAAAGCAAAUCCUUGCAGUGGAAUCGGACCCCCCAAAUCCGCCUCCGAUCCCCGCCCGGUCCCCGCCGCCAUUUUAUCGCGGCUCCUCCGCUCCCUCCGCUGGGGGGCGGUGCCGCGCGGGGCACGACGGGUAGCGCCGCCUACCGGGUGGGAGGACCCGCGCCGCGCGCCGUUGCCGGGCGACCCCGCCAGCGUGGCCACGCCCCAUCGCAGCCAGCCUUUCUUCUGUAGAAUGAAGAAGGCACCUCCAAGACAGCCCGAGGUGGGCGGGGAGGAGGAGGCGGCUCCUGAGAAGAGCAGGCCUGCAGCGGAGCCUGCCGAGGUGACCACGGUGCAGCCGUUGGAGCUCAAUGAGAGCUGGGUACCUGCUCAUGCACGGCAUUCCGUGGACUUCAUCCGGGCCUUUGCCACCAGCCCCAUCAAGUUCCAGGAGGAGGAGCAGAAGGAGGAGUUCCUCCGCACCAUCGCCAUGCUGUGCACAGAUGCCCAUCUCCACAACUUCUCCGAGGAACUGACUGAUUUCUGCAGCAGAUACAAGCUGGUGGAGACGAUCCAGAUGCUGCUGGUUUUGGAGCCCAGGGACGAGAUCUGCAGCCGGCUGCGGUGGCUCGCCAUGCUCGCCUUUGGCAGACUGAGCAUCAUCGGGAUGGUGCUGGAGACCAAAAAGAUUUUAAGGCUCUGCUUCAACAGCCUCUUUUUCCUUCGUCCAUGCUGUGAAAUGCCAAGCGCGCAAGCAACCCUCUGCACUCGGGCCCUGCAGUCCAUGGACACCAUGCUGGAGGUGAUGGUGCUCAACUCUGCCAACUCCAAGGGCUGUGAGAUGCUGCAGGACAUCUUGGAGGUUCUGCUGGACUACCUGUUCUGUGACAUGGAAGCAGUGCAGGAGAGGGCCAUGGGCAGGAUUAGGCUGCUGAGCCGUUUCCUGGCUGACUCUGUCACCAAGCAGGCUGAUGAGGAUGAGGAUGAGGAUGAGGAUGAGGAUGAGGAUGAGGAUGAGGAUGAGGACGAGGACGAGGAUGAGGACGAGGACGAGGACGAGGAUGAGGAUGAGGAUGAGGAUGAGGAUGUGGACGAUGAUGCUCCCAGAGAGCAGAUCCAGAUGCCAGUCCUGGGGAAGCUGCUGGGCCAUCUGUUUUUCAAGUUGUUCAGGCCACAAGAAACCAUCUCAAUGGUGGUGGAAAUUCUCUGCUCCCUCAUGACGUUCCUCUCUGUGCAGAAAUGUAAGAGAAGCUGUGGUGGGCUGCAUUCCCCACGUACACCUGCUUGUCUUCCUUGGCCUUGUGAUGGCCCCUUGUUCUUGGUGUGGGUGCCACCAUGUCCCCAGCGCUGCUGUCACCUCUUUUUAGGGGACAUGCCAGAGAGCCAUUUCCUGCCCCCAGAGGACUGGGAAUCUGAGAUCAACUCCUGGGUGAACGCGCCCUGCGCCUGCAAAGUUCAGGCCUUUGGGAAAUACCUCAGGCCUGAAGAGAGGACAGACGUCGUCCUUGAGGCCAUCGAGAUCUUGGGACGCUCCAACCUCCUGAACAAGCAGGGGCCAGUGGAGUUUCUGGAGGAGGCCAUGAAUUGCCCUGAGAUGUGGCUGACGGAUGUGCCAAAGGUCGUGAGACACAUCUUUCACUACUGUGACGAGAAAAACACAGCCCUUGAUGACAGCUUUCACUCCCUCCUCGUGCUGAUGGUGAAUAAGUGGCCUGGGACGGUCAUCACCACAGCUCUGGAGGCCACGCCCAAUUUCAGCGACAAAGUCAGCGUGUGGAAGGCGAUGUUCUCCGGGCGCCAGACGCUGGAGAAGGUUCUGAAGGAGCUGCAAGGCCAGUACUGGCAUGACAACGUCUUCACUGGGGAGCAGAGAUCGUGCCUCGUUUUCUUGUCUGUGCUGGCCUACGGUGACAUGCUGGAGAACCAAAUCAGGCCACUCUACCAGAACUUGAGCCUUCUGACUCCAAAGAUGGAAAUGGUCCCUCUGGUGCUCAGGGCUCUCAAGACGCUGUCGGAGAGCGCCGAGACGGCAAAAGUAAUGAAGGGCCUCCUGCCUGAGAUGCUGACAUUCCUGGGGACUUGCUCUUGGGACAUUUCAGUGAUGGCCUUGGACAUCUUCCACAACAUUCUGGGGCACGUGAAGAAGAAAGAGGCCAGCAGCACGGCUUUGAAGGCGGUGCGGAGGCUCCGGAGCCUCUUUGAUGCGGAGGAAGACUGUGUGCGGGAGCGCUCCAUCUCCCUCUUCAGAGAGCUGCUGGGUAAAACGACAUGGAGGGACAAGGAGGCCAUGAGGAGAAACUCAUGGAAGGCCCUGGUGCAGCUUGUUCUUCACAUGAGUGACCAGGCCCCCAGCGUGGCCAAGGCCUCCAAGGAAGCCGUCGUGGCUGUUGCAGAGCUCCUCAAGUGGAAAGAGCUCAAGGAGCUGGUGCAGAAAGAGCAGAUAUGGAAGAUGGGCGAGUGCUUGCCCUGGCUCAAGAGCAGGAGCCUCCUCCACGUCCAUGUCCUGCUCCAUGUCCAUGUCCACAUCCCCAUGUCCCCUCGACGGCCCUGGGAUGAGGGAGGGCUCUGA